AUGUCGCUGGCUCCGCUGAUGGCAUCGACCGGCCCAUUGCUAGAUCGUGCAUCCGCAGGUAUGCGGGCACUGAUCAGCAUUGUGUCGAAAAGUGAAUGCCAGUAUUUUGAGGAGGGUCAUUUCAACGCGGCCCAAGUGAAGAAAGAGCUGCAAGAUGCAAGCGUGGAAUCGAAAGUGACGGCCAUGAAGCGGCUUCUUGCUGCUCAUGCAGCCGGCGCCGACGUCUCUGCAUUGCUUCCUGAGGUUGUGAAGGCCAUUGCUGUGCCUGAUCUUGAACUCAAGCGCCUCGUUUAUCUUUUCCUUAUCCAACAUGCUGAAGGCAAUCGAGACCUUGCGCUCCUCUCCAUCAACUCCUUCCAGAAAGACUUGACUGAUAGGAAUCAGAUUGUUCGUGCUGCUGCUCUGAAAGCACUCGCUUCCAUACGACUUCUCGAAGUUGUGCAACUUCUUGUUGUCUCGCUGAAACGUGCGGCUGCAGACUGUUCACCGUUCGUUAGACGUACGGCGGCGCAGUGUGUGGUGAAGGUGUUUGCUCUUGACCAGGAUCAAUUUGAAGACUUGAAAAAUAUUGUCCUUACUCUUCUGGCUGAUGUGGAAGUGUCUGUUGUUGGUGCGGCCUUGGUUGCAUUUCGGGAACUGUGCCUUCGCCAUUCCCAUCUGCUUCUGCACGACGACGAAAACCAUCCAGACGACCGUGAUCAAUACUUGGAGUGUACAUACACCCCCACUGGAGAAGGCGGAGGCUUGCGGGCGACUUCUCCUCGCACCCCUGACGCCAUACCAGGUCUUGAGGGUGAAGGUCCAGGCAAAGAAGCAAGAGAAAUCUGGGGUCAAGCGGCUGCCUUGGCGCUUCUUCACCGGCAUUAUCGUCGUCUGCAAAAGUGUCUUCUUCAGUUGGAGCCUUUUGCUCAAGUCGUCGCCGUCGACAUUUUCUUGCGGUAUUGCCGUCUUUUCUUCGCUGAUCCGGUCGAACACUUUCGGCGGGAGACCCCCAACGUGACUGGGCCUUCAGCCAAGGAUCUGGGGCGAAAGAAUGAAACGGAAAGUUGGUCCGGCGCGGACCAGCGCUUCGGACUGUCCUCUGAAAAGGCACGCGCCCGCACCGAGGACAAGAGUGAAGGCAGUGGUGCCGCUGCCGCACAGGUGACCAUAGAGAAGCUUACUGCGGAUUCGCCGGGCAAUCCUGUGCCUCCGGAUUUUCGGCUGUUUCUGUCGAAUCUCCCACUUCUGCUGCACUCUGAGAGUCCGGCAGUUGUCGUGGCCGCAACGGCUGCCCUUUUCUCGCUUCUGCCUUCGGCGCCAGCAGCGUGGCAAGCCGCCGUUCACCCUCUGCUGAGGUGCCUGCACACGUCCGCGCCAGAUUUGCAAGAACCCCUGCUCCACACGAUAGCAGUGUUGGGGUCAUCAGCUCCGUCUCUGUUUAUUCCUCAUGUGCGAUCCUUCUUCCUUCGUUUCUCCGACUCCCCGGCAGUUAGGCAGGCCAAGCUCAAAGUCCUUCGUGGCCUUCUGGCCUCAGCGGCGUCACAGGAUUCUGCCGGUGAUGGAGCGAGUUCGCUGGCGCUUCUCCUAUUACCAGAGGUCACCACGUACAUUCACUGGCCAGGUGAUCAAGCCUUGCUUCCGUCUUCCUUCCGCCUGCUGACCUUCUUAGCUCUCCGAUUCCCAGGUGUUCAGGCAGCCUGUAUGCAAACUUUCGUUCGCCUCCUCGACGCACCGUCUCCGGCUCUCGCUGCGGAAGCCGUGCUGGCUCUGCAGACGUUGCUUCAGCGCCAGCUGGAGCAGCAGCGUGAAAGGAGCGCGCGAGGAGGGCAGCUGGGUCACCUGCUCUUGCAACUCGUUUCACAGUUUCCGCGGGUGCAUGCACCGCCAGCUCGCGCGUCGGUCGUCUGGAUCGUGGGACAGUAUCAGCGGGAAGUAGGUUGGGUGGCGGCUGACUUCUUGCGUCAGCUCGUGGCGAAGUUUAAAGCAGAAGCUGAAGAAGUCAAACUCCAAAUCCUGCUUCUCGCCCUCAAAGUCUGGGCCUUCCACUGGCUGAACAAGAGGGGACUCGCCCAUGAAACGCCAGACGACACCUUCAGUGGGCAUGCUGGGGAAGACGAGAGCGGUAGUUCUCAAGCAGCCAAAGGAGGGGAACAAAGUGGAGAUGUACGGAGUGACGAGACGGGCCAGUCGAGAGGAUCAGUGGGCGAUCAAAGACUGGAACAGAUACAACCAGGUUCUUGUGAUGUCCGCAUAACAGCCGGUUCUUACAGAGGAAUGCAGACACGCGAUGUCGUGACUGACGAAAUCGGUCCAGGUCGACAACCAACGGAGUCACCGCGACUGCUGCCGAUGCCUACGAAGGAAGAUAGUGAGGAAGCUUUCCCUAGGUUGGACGGUAUGCUCAAGUACAUUUGUGAAGUUGCAAGCUUUGAUAGGAGCUACGACGUUCGAGACAUGGCUCGCCUCUAUUUCACAUUGUCGCGGCUUUCUCUGUCGACGGAGCGGCCGGUGGCGGGGCAAAAGGGAGCGAGUGAAUCAGAAUGGAACACCAAAAGGGAAGAUCUGGCCCCAAAGCAAAUGCAAGUUGAGGGAGCUCGUGGCUCCACCUCACCUGAGGAAACAGGUCUAUCCGCAUAUGAGGGCCUGUCCGGCUUAGGGGGCGACACUCUGAAGCCGGGGACGCCUCUGGGGGGCAUGCAACAGUUUGCAAGCGCCUACAUGCGGUUCCUGGCAGCUGCCCCAGGCGCAAGAAUUCAGAAAGGGACCGGAGGACGAAGCGUCGAUCUCAAAAGCGGUUUUGUAUCCCGUGCCGCUACAGUAGCCGCCCACCUCGUUCUGCAGAAUGGGGACGAGCGCGACGAAGAACGGCCAGUCAGCCCGGACGUGCUUGAGGACAGCCACAGUCCAGUGUUCGUUUUGGGGUCUCUUUCUGACCACGUGGCUGAGCGAAUGAUUGGCUACGCCUCACUGCCUCCUUUCGCUGACGAAAAUUCGUCGGACCAACUGCGCCAUGUGGAGACAGAAGAACGGCGCGCUCUCGUCAUUGGGCCCGCAGGUGCGGCGGGGCGGUCUUCAGGAGGUGUCUCUCCUCAGAAGGAGCUAAAAUCGAUCUCCUCUGAGGAUGUUGUUGUUCGGAGGAAUGCAGCAGCACUGAUGGGACGCGAAGCGGUCGCGAAGACCGCCCUCACACCUCUCGACCUCGAUUCCUUCUACAGCGACCUUUGCGGUGUCCCUGGUACUUCCGUGUUGACGGAGACAGGGGUGGCCUCAUCGCAGCAACAAGGCUGGGGGGAGGCAACUGGCGGUCGGCAGACUCGAGCCGAACGGGAGGACACAAGCGGAAGAACCAAUUUGUGGCAGAUGUUUGGAAACACUGCAGAUCCUGGUAGCCACGCGGAAGUAGGAGCGAGUGAACAGAUGUGUCGACAAGGGACUCACCAAACAAGUAGAAUGGGUGGUGUUAAAAGCACAGGAUGCGGCGGAGGUGUGGCUGUAGCUGGUGAAGACGAUGAAAGUGAAGACGAAGACCGUGAGUGGCGUGCAGCUACAGUCGGCGAGAAAGAUCUCUGCGACGGAUCCUGUGGUAACGACGGUAGCCGGGGAGACGACAGAGAGGAUGCAGGAGACUGGAAAUUCAUGCCAGCCGCUCGAUGA